GUUGCCGGCCUUGCCAGCACGCCGCAUUCGUCACUCUUGCGACCAGGGUUUCCCCCUGGCUGAGAGAGCCGCCCCGCUUAUCACGCGUCCUCAAACUUUUCCAAUGCCGGGGCGUUGGCGAGGCCGGCCCAGCGGGCGAAAGCGGACCGUGUCCCCGGCACGGCCCCUUCUGGUGGGUUCCCUCAGCUAUUGAGGGACCCGCGUUUUCCUCAUUUUCCUCAUUUUUCUCAUGGGCACACUCAGCUGGUUCCGGCGGCAUUGGAGGCCUUGAGUCCGGAGCAAGGCGGACAGGAACACCAGUUGGAGCCAAAGAUUAAGGCAGCGCGGGGUCUGGGGUGGGUUGGGGAGGGUCAUUUUUAUAGUGGCAUUUAUUUUGCCAGGGUUGGAAGAGGCCGCUGGUGAGUCGGCCUCUUGCCCCAGAACAAACAGGCUCUUACUGCUCCCCUGAACUUUUCCACAGCCUUUUCCCGCUCUGCAAGCCCGAAAGGGGCUGAACAUUGCAGGACUUUUGUUUGCUCUUACUUGCCUAGGGCUAGGGUAGGGUUGAGGGGCGGGGUAGACAAACCACCCCUUAAGGCUGGGGUUGGGGGUGUGAAGCAGGACCUGCCACAAGAUUUGAGGGACCCAGUGUAAAACGAAUAUGUCAGGUCGCUUGUUCAUAAGUUAAGAAUUCCAUUACGGUAGCCCCAGAGCAUUAAACCCAGUACGAAACCUUGCGAUUGCACAGGUCGAGGCCCGUGAAUCUGCCACUGUGCUUCCAGGAUUGUGGUCCCGGUACGGUGCUGGGACCCUCCAUUACUAAGGGCACCUGUAUGGUCUCCUCGGUUUUCAUUGUUCCCCAUGUACACUCCAUGUAGAAAGGAAGCUGGUGAACCUCCGAUGCAUGCAAUAGGAGUUUCUGCCUUUACUGAAAAACUCUUGCUCCUUUUCUCCAUUCUGACAAGGAGGGAGACUUUUGUUCCACUCUCUACUACCUUGGAGGUAUAGUCACAGUCUUUAUAAUUAGUAAACUGCAAUAUGGUUUACAAAGUAUUUUGAUAUACAUUCCUGUAAGGUAGGCAUAGUAAAUAUUACUAUCUCCAUUUUGCAGCUGAAGAAGUGGAAGCUGAAGAUAUUGAAUGCCUUGCCUGAGACCAUUCUGCUGUGAAAUCCUCAAAACCAGGAACCAAGAGCCUGUGGAAGCAACUGUUGAUGAUUUUCACCUUGAAACCACCAGUCUUGGAUAGUGUCUCAGGUGGCCACAGUUUUGCCUGGCACUUCAGUCUGUUCAGUCAGAUUUAUGAGGCCUGUCACCCCCAGAUGCAGCUCUGAGUGGUGCUGUGGCUCCAGCGCUGUUCAAAGCAGGCCACUGGGUGUGCUGGCCCAAGGGCCUCCUGGGAGGGGCCCAACUGCAGGCUAAGUUCAGCCACAGCCUGUGCACCUCCAGGACCACCUGGUCAGAGUCACCAAGCAAUCCACAGACGGCUGCCACCCAUGCUGGGCUUAUAGGUACCUCGAGAGGCCAAACCAGAAACCGAGACCAGCUGCCUCAGUAAGAGGUUGAUGGCAACUCAGAUAUGGUGGCCACCUGCAUCAACAAAGGCACAAUGGAUACUGCCAGCCCUUCUGUCUGGGAGAAAGCCACCCCUCCAGCCCUCGCCCUGAAGCUCGACAGCUCAGUUCUUCCCCGUGUGUCCCUGGCACUCCUCUAGCCGCUGCCCCGGUGCUGGAGCUCAGAGCGAUAUCAGAAGGAAUCUUGUGGUUGCAAGUGACAGAGGAUUCAGCUCAAACCGAAUUAGCAAAACCAGUCUCAAAUGAAUCUGACUUGAAAAUUCCAAAGAUGAGGCUGAGGAGUCCUCUUCAAGACCUGUAAGUGUGAGGAUGAUUGUGUCCUGAGCAUGGAGGUUAGGCAGAAAGAUUCAGCCACCAGCUAGAAGUUUAUUUUCCUUGAGCCCAUGUGGAACUGACAACUUGGAAGCUUCUGCAGAAGGAAAAUAAGAAGGAAUUACAUCGCCCUGCCAUUGACUCAUGCUAGAUGUCAAACUGAGAUACAUGCACAACAUAAGCACAUAGAAGCUAAAGGAACAGAUUGUGGCAAUAUUUAAAAAUAUCACAACUCUCUAACCAAGAAGCAGUCCUGAUAAGCAGAUUUGGAAUUCAUACAAAGCACACAUAACUCUGAAAAUCUGAAUUGUACAUUGCCAAGGAGAGGAGAACACAUCUCUGCUCAGCUGGAAGAAAGCCAGAGAAUAUCUGAAUAGAGGUUGGAACCUUCAUUUUGCAAACAUACAAGGAUCUAUGAAGUGGUUCAGCUAGGAGUGAUUCCCCACAGCAUAAAGAGAGGCACUGUUCACGCUGUUUUGGAAUGAGAAAUUGACUCGUGAACACACACAAUCUAGAAGACAUGGGCUGUAAUACUUCAUCUUCAACGAGAACCAAGAGAUCUGAGAAUGUCCUAAGAGCUGCAUUGAUCAUCCAGAACUGGUACCGAGGUUACAGAGCUCGUCUGAAGACCAGACAACGCUAUGCCCUCACCAUCUUUCAGUCCCUCGAAUAUGCCGAUGAACAAGGCCAAUUGCAGCUAUCAAAUUUCUUUACUUUCAUGUUGGAAAACUACACACAUAUACAUGAGAGAGACCCAGAAUUCGUAAAUCGACUGUUUGGCUACGCCUUCCAGGACAAGGGUAGACAGGAAUGUGUGGGGCUGGUAGAUGUCCCAGACUCCUAUACUGGUCCUCGUCUGCAAUUUCCUCUCACUUUUGGUGAUCUUGGUUUACUUAUUGAGGCCUUCAAGAGACAACAGAUACUGCAUGCUCGUUAUGUCUUAGAGGUGCUAUUUGAAACCAAGAAAAACCUCAGGAACUUGCCAAAUUUCACUCACGUAAAAUCUUCUCCCGCCAAAGACAUAACAAUCUGCGGUGAUUUGCAUGGGAAACUGGAUGAUCUCUUUUUGAUCUUCUAUAAGAAUGGUCUCCCCUCAGAAACCAACGCAUAUAUCUUUAAUGGUGAUUUCGUAGAUCGAGGGAAAAAUUCCAUAGAGAUCCUAAUGAUCCUGUUUGUGAGUUAUCUUAUCUACCCCAAUAGCCUGCAUUUGAACAGAGGGAACCAUGAAGACUUUUUGAUGAAUAUGAGGUAUGGCUUCACAAAAGAAAUCUUGCAUAAAUAUAAGCUACAUGGAAAAAAAAUCUUACAACUCUUGGAAGAACUCUAUGCCUGGCUCCCAAUCGGUGCAAUUGUUGACAAUGAAGUCCUGGUCAUACAUGGUGGGAUAUCGGAAUCCACAGACUUGAAUUUACUUUACAAUAUAAAAAGAAACAAAAUGAAAUCUGUGCUGAUGCCACCAACUCCAGUAGAUGAAAGCCAUGUUAUUGAUGGGAAGAAAAAUAAAAUAGGCACGGCUCGAGGAACCAAAUUAACUACAUCCUUUUCUGAACAGUUGGCAAAGCAUGAAUGGGAACAGGUUAUCGAUAUUCUGUGGAGUGAUCCCAGAAGCAAAAGAGGCUGUUAUCCAAAUACAUGCCGAGGAGGGGGCUGCUAUUUUGGACCAGAUAUUACCUCUAAGAUCCUUAAUAAAUACCAGUUGAAGAUGAUUAUUAGGUCUCAUGAAUGUAAGCCCGAAGGGUAUGAAGUCUGCCAUGACGGGAAGGUUAUUACUGUAUUUUCUGCUUCUAACUAUUAUGAAGAAGGCAGUAAUCGAGGUGCUUACGUGAAGCUGGAUUUUGGUUUGGUCCCUCGCUUUUUUCAGUACCAAGUAACCAAAGCAACGUGCUUGAGGCCUCUUUACCAAAGGGUAACUACUAUGGAAAGUAGUGCCAUCAGGAUAUUAAAAGAGAGAAUGAUUUCACGGAAAAGUGACCUUAUUCAUGCUUUCCAACUUCAAGACCGCAAUAAAUCAGGAAAACUUCCUAUGGGCCAGUGGGCUUUUUCCAUGGAGAACGUUUUGGGGCUGAACUUACCAUGGAGAUCCCUGAGAACUCGUUUGGUCACCACAGACAAAGAUGGAAAUAUUGACUACAUGUCCUGCUUUGAUGAUAUGCACAUUCAGAAGCCUGUGCAAGAGGUUCAGUCUGCUCUAAUUGAAACUCUGUAUAGAUACCGAUCUGACCUGCAUAUCAUCUUUAAUGUCAUUGACUCCGAUCACUCAGGUCUGAUCUCCAUGGAAGAAUUUCAGUCCAUGUGGAAUCUUUUCAAUAGUCACUACAAUAUUUGUAUUGAUGAAUCCCAAGUUGAAGAGCUUGCUAGAAGAAUGGACUUAAACAAAGAUGGAAGCAUCGACUUUAAUGAGUUUUUGAAGGCUUUCUAUGUGGUGCAUAAAUUAGAUCAUCUGAACAAAUCAGACACCAAGCAUGUGUAACAAGAAUUAGGGCUUUCUCUCCUUGUAAACAGCCAGUGACACAAUCUUUUCCAGGACCCUCGCAAUUCAUAGCCAGUAGUAGAGAAAAGUAUACCCCAAUUUAUGCCAUAAACAGAUGUAUAGUGUGGGUAUUAGAAGUCCCUAGUAAGGUGUUAUUCGUAAGACUAGGCUAAAUGUCAGCUGAUAGAUUUGGUUCCAGUGAUUCGGACCCACACAUUUCUAUGUAGAAAAUGGAUUUGAGCCUAGUGUUGGUCUCAGAUGCCACCUAACCAGGAGAUCAGAGAAGUUUGGAAACAUACUGAAAGGAACCCACAGAGCAUCAAAGAAAAACAUAACAUCUGUGAGUGGCUGAGGGAUAGGAAGAGGAAUACCAAACUACUACUAGAAUAAAAUACUUGCACCUUU